AGUGAAAACAUUGCAAUGACUGCUCCCUUAAUAAUAUCCUCAGCCGAUAAAUAUCGUGAGACGUAUACUCCUAAAGCUAAGAAUAAACCCCGAAAUUGAGGGAGUGAGUAGUAUCGAGCCGCGCAAUUGUGUGGAUCAUCGGUUCCUUAAUCAAAUGAGAGAGCAUCCUUAAUCAAAUGAGAGAGCAUCAAACGAGAACGACGUUUACCGGCCACUAAACGACGUUUCAGUGCACUGCAUUUCCUGUAAUGCACGGACUUCGACCGUGACCAAUCCGUGUUGCCAACGUGUGCCUGGUAGGCUGUUGUCAGAGUACCUUUGUAAGCGCCCACCAAUACCAGAGGAGGCCUCUCGCACCGGGCAUUCCUCGUCGGCCAGCCGGUCGGUUGGUCGUGUCUUACCGGUGACGAGUCUUACUGAAUCAUUUCCUGAGUACUUGGGUUUCGAUUGUUUCGAACCAUCGGAACGACUUGGACGAUGAAUGUUGCCAAUGGGUAGGUAGAAUGUUCCAUCACUUUCGGUCCAUGAUUCGAUUGGUUUCCAGCACUCCCAUCAGCAUCGGAUGCCCAUCUUGACUCGACUCUGCUGCGUCCGCCCUUCACACGAGUCAGUCAAUGCAUUAUCAUUAGUACCACGCUCAAUGGCAGGUGGGCCCUCUCCAAAUUUUGACAAAGUCAACGGUCCAGUCAACCCAAGGCCGCUUGCUAAUAAGUUGCUAGCUUAGCCUCCAAACCCAUUUUUUCGAAGAACCUUAGCCGCCCAAGGCCCAACCUCACUAGCUAGUAAGUAACAAGCUUCGUCGCCGAUGGUGCUCACCUCGAUCUCCACUCCAGCGCGAGGAAGACGAGUACAUCAGGGCUUCAGAAUGGUCGUCGCGGCCAGCUCCGCCCAACAUCUUCCCGUGCUGCUGCUCCUCGCGGUCUGCUGCUGCUGCUAUUCCUCGGCCGACGACGACGUCGACUUCAUCUACCAAGGCUUCCAGCACGCGUCGCCGGGCGCGGACCUGACCCUGGACGGCUCCGCCUCGGUGCUGCGCGGCGGCGCGCUCCGGCUCACCAACGACAGCAACCGCCUCGUCGGCCACGCGUUCCGCAGCUCCCCCGUGCGCUUCGGCGGCGGCGGCGGGAGGCAGCUCGCGUCGUUCAGCACAGCCUUCGUCCUCGACAUCGUGACCGUCGGGAGCGGCGGCGGCCACGGCCUGGCCUUCGUGGUGGCCCCCUCCACAGCGCUCCCCGGGGCAUCCCCCGAGAUCUACCUCGGCGUGCUCGGCCCGGCCACCAACGGCAGGGCCACCAACCACGUCCUCGCCGUGGAGUUCGACACCGUGCUGGACCUCGAGAUGGACGACAUCAACGGCAACCACGUCGGCAUCGACGUCAACAGCCUCUUCUCCAACGUGUCGGAGCCGGUCGCCUACUACGCCGGCGACGGCGAGGGCACCACCAAGGUGCCUGUGACGCUGGAGAGCGCGCAGCCUAUCCAGGCGUGGAUCGACUACGACGGCCGCACCGGCGUCCUCAACGUCACCGUGGCGCCGGUGUCCGUGGCGGACCGGCCUCGCCGACCGCUGAUUUCCACGAAGCUCGACCUGCGCCCGGUCUUCAAGGAGGACAUGUACGUCGGCUUCUCGGCGUCCACCGGGAAGCUGGCGAGCUCGCACUACAUCCUGGCGUGGAGCUUCCGGACCAACGGGCCCGCGCAGCCCAUCAAUCUCCGGCGGCUGCCCAAGGUUCCGAGGCCGAGCACGGCGCCCUCCAAGCUCAUCAUCAUCAAGUUCGCCGCCGUGGCUUGCGCGGGGACGCUCGCUCUGAUCGCGGCUGCCAUGGCCGUGGUGCGCUGGCUCCGGAAGAAGGCAGCGCUCGCCGACAAACUGGAGGACUGGGAGCUGGAGCACCCUCACAGGUUCCCCUACAAGGAGCUCUACAGGGCGACCAAAGGGUUCAGGCAAAGCGAGCUUCUCGGCGCGGGCGGGUUCGGCCAAGUGUACAAGGGAGUGCUCCGGCGGCACUCCGGCGAGGAGGUGGCGAUCAAGCGGAUCUCCGCCGGCACGAAGCAAGGGAUGAAGGAGUUCGUCGCCGAGGUCGCGAGCCUCGGGCGCAUGCGCCACCGCAACCUGGUCGAGCUGCGCGGGUGGUGCAAGCACAGCGACGACCUGCUCCUCGUCUACGAGUUCAUGCCCAACGGCAGCCUCGACGCGCACCUGUUCGGCGCGGGGGGCCGGAAGGCGCCGCCGCUGACGUGGGCGCAGCGGUUCGCCGUCCUCGGCGGCGUCGCCCGCGGCCUGCUGUACCUGCACGAGGAGUGGGAGCACGUGGUGGUGCACCGCGACGUGAAGGCCAACAACGUGCUCCUCGGCGCUGACAUGGCUGCGCGGCUCGGCGACUUCGGCCUCGCGCGGCUCUACGAGCACGGCGCGGACCCGGCGACGACGCGCGUGGCGGGGACGCUCGGGUACAUGGCGCCCGAGCUGACGUUCACCAGCCGCGCCACGACGGCCACCGACGUGUUCUCCUUCGGCGCGCUGCUGCUGGAGGUCGCGUGCGGGCGCCGGCCGGUGGUGCCGCCGCCGGCGGGCGGGGACGCGGACGUGGUCCUGGUGCGGUGGGUCCGCGACUGCGGGCUCGGCGGCGACCUGCUGCGAGCCGUGGACCCGCGGCUGGAGGGGCGCUACGACGAGGCGGAGGCGAGGCUGGUGCUGUGGCUCGGCCUGAUGUGCAGCCAGGCUCGGCCGGAGGCGAGGCCCACCAUGAGGCAGGUGUGCCGGUACCUGAGCGGCGAGGAGGCGAUCCGGGAGGACGCGGAGCUCGUCUUCUCCGGCGCCGACUCGCUCGAGUUCAUCGGGUCGUCGGUAUCCAUAACGUGGUCCUCCUCCGGCGGGACCAUGUCCGCCGGCUCGCUGCACGGCGGCCGGUGAAGUACUCCUUCCUGUAAAGAAAGCUGCAAAGGCGCGCACAUAUAUCGACUGCCAUUGUACUAUUAUUUGUUUCUAUGAUCGAUGUAGAGAUAGACACGUGUAACAGUAGUUGUGUGCUGCUGUGAAGAAUACUUACGCUAUCUCCAACGGUAUCCUCUAAACUGUUCUGUAUCCUA